UGCGUGAAAACUCCGACCGAGUCACAUGACACCACGAGACUGCCGCUGCUGCCCUCUGACAGAGCGGAACAGCUCCGUUCUUUGCGGACCAACAAAGAGAUCCAAGCGACGUCUCGUCAGUUCACCACCACCACAUCAUCAUCAUCGUCGUCGUAACCAUCAUCAGCAGCAGCAGCUCACUCUUCAUCUCCGUGGGAGGCGGCUCCCGUUGUCAUCACCCUCCCCCCCCAUUGUUAUAAUCAUCAGCUGCUGCUGCUGCAUGGCUUUGUUUAAACGCCCCUCGUUUAUCCUUCGCCAUUGUUACGAAGAUCAUCGACUGGCUCUUCUCGUCGUCGCAUCAUCAUCACCACCACAAAACGAUUCGUCUCGUCAUCAUCAAUAAAAACAACACCACCAUCAUCAUCGUCGUCAACUGUUUUCUGCGUCAUCCUCAUCAUUAAGAUCAUCACCAUCAGCCGAUUAGUCAUUUGUAACCUCUCAUUAUAAGCAUCAACAUCGUCAUCAGCAGCAGCAGCGAUUGGUCUCGUCGGCUCUCUCAUCGUUAUCACAACCACCACCACUGUCAACAUCAUCAUCAACAUCAUCAUCACCAGCACCCUCAUCACCAGAAACUUUAGCACGCUUUUGUUUCGCAGUUGCAACUCGAGGUCGAGAACGCCGCGGGUUUUUUUUGUUGUUGCGCUGCUUCAACAACUCCGCCACGCAGCGGCGUGGGGUUCGAGGGAAACAAAGUGGGCGAAUCGAAACGUACGUUUGAAAAACAAAUCCGUUUCCGAUGGAGCGUUAUCUGCAAUAUUUCUCGACGCUGGGGGACCCGCCAAGGAGCCCGGGCGAUGACGAGAAUGAGGCCAUCGUCUCGGAGGAAUCUGACGACGUGGAGCAAAGCGUCCUGGAGCCUCCACCUUCCUCAUUUCGAGACUCCCUCAAACGCAUUCUCACGUCUGAGCGCUUCCAGGUGGCUGUGGUGUGCCUGGUGCUACUGGAUGCCGGGCUGGUGAUGGGCGAGCUGAUAAUCGACCUCUCCAUCAUCAAAACUCACAAAGACAGCGUCGCCCCUGAGGUUCUGCACUACAUGAGCCUUGCCAUCCUGUCGCUCUUCAUGGUGGAGCUGGCCGUCAAACUAUUUGCCUUCCGCCUCGAGUUUUUCUGGCACCCGCUGGAGGUGCUGGACGGCGCCGUUGUGGCCAUCUCGUUUGCGCUGGAUAUUUUCUACGCAUCGCGGCACGACGGCUUUGAUGCCACCGCCUUCCUCAUUCUGCUGCGUCUCUGGCGGAUCGCGCGCAUCGCAAACGGCAUCGUGAUGUCGGUGAAGAACAGGACCGGACGCCGUGUCGCCGUGCUCAAACGCGAGAAGGAGGCUCUGCAGAGGCGGUGUCUUGAACAGGAACAAGAGUUGGAACAUCUGCGGUCACUUGUACAGCAGCAUGGGAUCAAGUGGCAGCGUCCGUGCCAGACCAGGUGUUAGGAGACCCUCGUUCCGAAUACAAAGGGCACCGUUGUAGGUGUUCCAGAUACCUGGAUCAUCACUCCCUGAUGAUACACGUGCAUCGUGAUUGAUGAUUAUAAGAGAGGGCGCAUUUUAUGUUUGGUGGGCCCAGCUUUAGGGGAUGUGACUUCGUAUUUUCUUUAGCUGUGUGUUGGUUGGUCGGUCAGCCGCUCUUGCAAUGUGCAUUGGUUCGUGUGGUUCAAAUUAAUCCGAGGGGAGUUUUUUUUCUGUGCAGUUGCGGCUAAGAUGUUCUCACAAUUUGCCAGCGAGCUUACGUAUUAUAGCCACAGGCCAAUCCCAAAAAUAAUCCACGACUGUAGGUUUGUUACUGUGUUUUAUGUGACCAGACAUUCGGGUUUUUUUUUCAUUCUGUAAUGCAUUUCAAAAUAGUUCACACAUUUAAGUUGCCUCGAGCCACAUCAAUUAAAGAUGCAUUUAAGCGAUGAAUUAACGAUGUCGGCAGUGGAGUCACCAUGUCAAUGCCACCGAUCACCAACAAGGUGCACUGUGAAGUUACCAGUGAGUGAUAAAAACGUUCUUGCCUUUCGAUGUGUACCAUAUAUUUCUGUAUUGCAUUUUUUUUUACCAUAACAAUGUACGCACCCCCCCCCCCCACACAUAUGAAUAUCGUGAUGAGUUCCAGUAUUACAAAUUAAAUAAUAUAUGCAAA